UCAGAAGACGACGACAAAACAAAAGUUGCGUUAGACAGAGAGAUGGAUCUGUAUUGGGAAGAUUUUUUCAAGGAUUACGAAUGGCUGAUCGUGUUUCUGAAAGGUAUGGUGAAGCCUGCGGCGGCGCUCGUGGUGGUGCUUUUGGCGGUGGUUCUUUCAUACUCGCAGAACCUCUCUUUGGAAGGAGAAAUGAUAUACUCUGUUUUCCGAUCGUUUCUUCAGCUCUCUGUUAUCGGAUUUGUUCUUCAAUUCAUCUUUAACCAAGAGAACGCCGGCUGGAUCGUGCUUGCUUAUCUCUUCAUGGUAUCUGUCGCCGGUUACACUGCCGGACAACGUGCGAAGCACGUGCCACGUGGAAAGUACGUGGCCGGAGUAUCUAUCCUCGCUGGAACUUCAAUCACAAUGUUCUUGCUUGUUGUCCUCAACGUCUUUCCUUUCACUCCGAGGUAUAUGAUCCCAAUCGCCGGAAUGAUGGUCGGGAACGCCAUGACGGUAACCGGAGUUACCAUGAAACAGCUUCGAGAUGACAUCAAAAUGCAACUCAACCUGGUGGAGACGGCAUUGGCACUAGGAGCAACACCAAGACAAGCGACGUUGCAACAGGUGAAGAGAGCAUUGGUGAUCUCUUUAUCUCCGGUUUUGGAUAGCUGCAAAACUGUUGGAUUGAUCUCUCUACCAGGCGCGAUGACCGGUAUGAUAAUGGGUGGUGCGUCGCCUCUUGAAGCUAUUCAGCUUCAGAUUGUAGUCAUGAACAUGAUGGUUGGAGCAGCAACAGUUAGUAGCAUCACGUCUACGUAUCUUUGUUGGCCAUCUUUCUUCACUAAAGCUUACCAGUUACAAACUCAUGUCUUCUCCUCAAAUUGAAACUUUUAUAAAUCCUUUUAACAAUC